GGAAGUUGUUGCUUUCUAGUGGUCACUGUGGCUUUGGCUCUGUCGCUUUUUAUUCGUCACCAGGAGGAAGACAGAGCUGGCUGCCCAGCCCAAAGGCCUAUUAGGGGAUGCAGUUAUGGGCGCUGUCGCCGUGGCAGUUACAAUUCGUCUUUCAAGUUUACCUUUGGAGUCUGGGCUACUGCAGUCCUCAAACCAGAUUCGCUAGUGCUGCCUUCACUGCUGCAGACUUCAUCCUUUCCCCUUUUCUUUUUCACGGGAACGUGGUUGCUUCGUUCUUAUGUACAUACCUUUGUACCUUGUAAUCAUCCUUUUGCAUCAGAUUGUUAUUUUGUGUCAGUAAGUAAUCCAUAAAGUGCCAACAUGGGAAAGAAACGGACAAAGGGAAAAACUGUUCCAAUUGAUGAUUCUUCUGAAUCUUUAGAACCUAUGUGCAGACACCUUAGAAAAGGAUUGGAACAAAGUAAUUUGAAAAAGGCUUUAGUGAAUGUGGAAUGGAAUAUUUGCCAAGAUUGUAAGACGGACAAUAAAGUAAAAGAUAAAUCUGAAGAUGAAACAGAAGAAAACCCUUCAGUUUGGCUAUGUCUUAAAUGUGGCCAUCAGGGCUGCGGCAGAACUUCGCAGGAGCAGCACGCGCUGAAGCACUAUUUGACACCAAGAUCUGAACCUCACUGUCUGGUUCUUAGUUUGGAUACGUGGAGUGUAUGGUGUUACCUUUGUGAUGAUGAGGUCCAGUAUUGUAGUUCAAACAGACUGGGUCAGGUGGUUGAUUAUGUCAGGAAACAAGCUGGUAUUGCAACUCCAAAAGCAGCAGCAAAAGAUAAUGGCAACAUUGAACUUGAAAAUAAAAAAUUAGAAAAGGAGAGUAAAAAUGAACAAGAGAGAGAAAAAAAGGAAAACAUGGCUAAAGAAAAUGCUCCUGCGAAUUCUACUUCCCAAAUAACUGUGAAAGGACUCAGUAAUUUGGGAAAUACAUGUUUCUUCAAUGCAGUAAUGCAGAAUUUGUCACAGACACCAGUACUUAGAGAACUACUAAAAGAAGUAAAAAUGUCUGGAACAAUUGUAAAAAUUGAACCACCUGAUUUGGCACUAACAGAACCCUUAGAAAUAAACCUCGAGCCUCCAGGCCCUCUUACUUUAGCCAUGAGCCAGUUUCUUAAUGAGAUGCAAGAGACCAAAAAGGGAGUCGUGACACCUAGAGAACUCUUUUCUCAGGUCUGUAAAAAAGCAGUACGGUUUAAAGGCUAUCAGCAGCAAGACAGCCAGGAGCUGCUUCGUUAUUUAUUGGAUGGGAUGAGAGCAGAAGAACACCAAAGAGUGAGUAAAGGAAUUCUUAAAGCAUUUGGUAAUUCUACUGAAAAAUUGGAUGAAGAACUAAAAAACAAAGUUAAAGAUUAUGAAAAGAAAAAAUCAGUACCAAGUUUUGUGGACCGCAUCUUUGGUGGUGAACUAACUAGUACAAUCAUGUGUGACGAAUGCAGAACUGUCUCCUUGGUUCAUGAAUCUUUCCUUGAUUUAUCUCUACCAGUUUUAGAUGAUCAGAGUGGUAAGAAAAAUAUAAAUGAUAAAAAUCUGAAAAAGACAAUGGAGGAUGAAGAUAAAGACAGCGAAGAAGAAAAAGAUAAUGACAGUUACAUAAAAGAGAGAAAUGAUAUUCCUUCAGGAACAAGUAAGCACUUACAGAAGAAAGCGAAGAAGCAAGCCAAAAAGCAAGCCAAGAAUCAGCGAAGGCAACAAAAAAUUCAAGGAAAAUUUCUUCAUUUAAAUGAUAUCUGUACCAUUGACCAUCCUGAAGAUAAUGAAUGUGACGUUGAAAUGUCACCUCAGGGAGAAGUGGAUAUUAAAUCUGACCAUAUCUCAAAAGAGGAAGUUACAAAUAAAGAAUACUGUGUUAAUCAGAAAGAUUUGAAUGGCCAAGAAAAAGGAAUAGAAAGUGUAACUGACAAUCAAAAAUCCACAGAGGGAGUAGAUACGAAACAUGUCAUCAUGGAUAAUGAUGGGGAGAUUUUGUCAUCUUCUCCCAGUGAAUGUGCUAGGAACCUAAACGGUGCCUUUGAGAAAGAAGGGAGCAAUGGAGAAGUGGACAUUUCCAGUGGUUUGAAAAACCUUCACUUGGAUGCUGCUCUUCAACCUGAUGAUAUAAAUAUAGAGCUUCUGAAUGACAGUCAUACUGGGACCCAGGUGUAUGAGGUUGUAAACGAAGAUCCAGAAACUGCUUUCUGUACUCUUGCAAACAGGGAGGCUUUCAGUACUGAUGAGUGUUCAAUCCAGCAUUGUUUGUAUCAGUUCACCCGAAAUGAGAAACUCCGAGAUGCUAACAAACUGCUCUGCGAAGUAUGCACACGGAGACAGUAUAAUGUACCAAAGGCAAAUCUGAAAGGUGAAAAGAAACAUGUUUACACUAAUGCCAAAAAGCAGAUGCUAAUUUCUCUUGCUCCUCCUGUUCUCACUCUUCAUUUAAAGAGAUUUCAGCAGGCUGGUUUUAACCUACGCAAAAUUAACAAACACAUAAAAUUUCCGGAAAUCUUAGAUUUGGCUCCUUUUUGUACCCUUAAAUGUAAGAAUGUUGCUGAAGAAAACACAAGGAUACUGUAUUCCUUAUAUGGAGUGGUUGAACACAGUGGUACCAUGCGGUCAGGGCAUUACACUGCCUAUGCCAAGGCAAGAACAGCGAACAGUCACCUCUCUAACCUUGUUCUCCACGGUGAUAUUCCACACGAUUUUGAAAUGGAAUCAACCAAAGGGCAGUGGUUUCACAUCAGCGAUACACAUGUGCAAGCUGUGCCCACCACUAAAGUACUAAACUCACAAGCAUACCUCCUGUUUUAUGAGAGAAUACUGUAACGAUUUCAUAAAGUGUUUCCUCUGGAAACACAUUCCUGGCUUUUAUAACGGCUGUAAUAAUAAAGAAGUAAAGACUGACUGUAAAUCAUGUUCACUUAAAAUUAAAUACCAGAAGAAAUCAUGUUUAUUGAAAUA